GCCGCAGCUCAGUUCAAUGUUAGAUGAGUUGAAUAUUUUUACAUUUAAACGGAAAGAAUGAUUGAAAAGUAAUAAUCCUGGACAAGAGUCAGUAGAAAUACCGAGAUUAAAUUAAUGACGUUUAAAUGACAAAAAGACAUCUUUUCUUGUCGUUUCUGAACAAAUCAAGUCAGAAGGAACCAGAAAUGUCGUUAAGAAAAUAACAAUAUAAACUAAAUGUUAAAUUAAUUUGACAUUUUUCCUCGUUAAUUAAACACAUGAAAACAUUAAUGACAACAGGCGGUGUGCAGUACUGCAGUGCUGUCCGGAAGUUGAGCAAGUAUCGCGGUAUUUGCUCACACGGGAUUCUGACGCUGCGCGAGAUUUCCACCUAAACAAAGAUGGUGUCUCCCUGACGGUCCAUGUGGCUCCGCGGACCUGAACGCCUUCUGAACGUUAGUUUACCGGGUUGAAGUUGAUCGGUAGCAGCCAGCUGAGUCUGUGAGGAGCCCGGAGAAGAAGUCAGGAUGCAGCACGACGACGUCAUCUGGAACAUCAUUGGAAACAAACAGUUCUGCUCCUUUAAAGUCAAAACGAAGAGUCAGAACUUCUGUCGGAAUGAGUACAACCUGACUGGGUUGUGUAACCGCUCGGCUUGCCCGCUGGCCAACAGUCAGUACGCCACCAUCAGGGAGGAGAAAGGUCAGUGUUUCCUCUACAUGAAGGUGAUCGAGAGAGCAGCUUUUCCUGCCAGGAUGUGGGAGAAGGUGAAGCUGAGUAAGAACUAUGAGAAAGCUCUGGAGCAGAUCGAUGAGAACCUGAUCUACUGGCCUCGGUUCAUCCGGCACAAAUGCAAACAGAGAUUCACUAAAAUCACCCAGUAUCUGAUCCGCAUGCGCAAACUGGUGCUGAAGAGACAGAGGAAGUUGGUUCCUCUGAGCAGGAAGGUGGAGAGCAGAGAGAAACGGAAGGAGGAGAAGGCUCUGAUCGCCGCUCAGCUGGACAACGCCAUCGAGAAGGAGCUGCUGGAGAGGCUGAAGCAGGGAACGUACGGAGACAUCUACAACUUCCCGGUGUACGCCUUCGACAGAGCUCUGGAGCAGCAGGAAGCCGAGAGCGAGUCAGACUCCGAGGAGGAGGAGGAGGAGGAGGACGUCGGGCAGAGGGAAUUUGUGGCAGAAGAAGAAGUGGACGAGAGCGACCUGAGCGACUUCGAGGACAUGAACAAGCUGAAGACGAGCAGCGACGAGGAGGAGCAGGACGAAUCCAAUGAAGAAGAAGAGGAAGAGAUGGAGGUCCAGACGAAGGCCUCCGGGUCUAAAGGCAAAUCUCCGGCCAACGGCUCGUCGGUGAGGAAGAAGCGGGCCUACGUGGAGAUCGAGUAUGAGCAGGAGACGGAACCGGCUUCCAAGAGCAGAACCACAUAGAGUUGGCAUCAAACCAGGACUGCCCCCCCCCCCCCCCCCCCCUCCCAUGUUGCCAUGACAACACUCUGAAGCUGCUGACGGCGGAGUCCGUUGAACCCGAGCAGCACUUUGAGCCCAGUUCACCUGUCUUCACAUCCAGAUGGAUCUGAACUGGUAUCAGCUCCAAACCGGACCGACCCAGAGGGACUUGAACUGACCUCAGAAACUUCUGUGUAAACCCUAAAAAUAAAACGUUUUCUCUUUUUUACUUUUAAAA